AGUUGACGUUUGAGGUCUCUGACUGAAGAAAGCAAGCAGACAAUUUCGAAUCGUCCGAAAAUCGAAAAUUGUUGUGUGCAGUUUUGGCAUAAAACUUCGUCUAACGUAAUAGUCAUGCCUCCCAAAAAAGCUAUCGCCUUCGGCAAAAUUGGAUCAUUUGGGCAACUUUCAAUCAGUUCUAUUACCCAACCUGCCAAAAGCGAUGAUGGUGAUGGUGGAUUCGGCAAAUUUGGGAAAUCGGAAGAAGAAUUUCGUGCUGAACCAACAACUGCUGUGCAACAGGCCAUGGGAUUCCAAGGGUUUGGGAAGAAUAAAGCAGCCCCAGUUAAAAAUUUUGAUUUGGAAAGCCUUGUAGAACAAAGCAAACAAGUGGCAAGGGAACGGACCACAAAAAAAGUGAGUGAAAUUGAAGCUACAACUGAGGAACCAGGAGAAGAUGAUGAAGAUGUUAUCGGGCCCCCUCUUCCCCCACCAGCACAAUCCACUAGCAAGGAAAGUGAGCCAAGUAAUGUUUCGGAUGCACCAAAAAAAUCUUCAAAGAAACCCACAAAGUCUCACAGUAAUGAUGAUGAUGAUGAUGAUGAUGAAGAUGAAGACAGCAGUGAUAGUGAUGAUGAAGAAAAUUCCAUUCCUGCUUCUUUGGAGGUCAAUUUGAAUCAUGGCACAAAACCUGUCUCAGCUCUAAGCAUAGACCAUUCUGGUGCUAGACUGAUAUCAGGAUCUGUUGAUUAUGAAGUUAAGCUUUGGGACUUUGCUGGAAUGAGCUCCUCCCUGCAGAGCUUCAGAACUAUUAGACCAUGUGAAAGUCAUCCCAUCUUGGAUUUGCAUUAUUCUAUCACAGGUGAUGCUAUUCUCAUCAUUUCUGGUACUGCUCAGGCAAAAAUUGUUGAUCGUGACGGGUAUGAGAAAGCUGAGUGCGUUAAAGGAGAUCAGUAUAUUACAGAUAUGGCAAGAACAAAGGGUCACAUUGCUUCACUUGUGGGAGGAAGUUGGCAUCCAAGAGACAAACAGGAAUUCUUAACUUGUUCUCAAGACGGAACUUGUCGGAUAUGGAAUGUCGAGGAUGUCAAACAACACAAAGGGAUCAUGAAGAGCCGAUCUCAAAAUGGCUUGAGAGCAGCUCCAACGAGUUGCACUUAUAGUAGAGAUGGUAACUUGAUUGCUUGUGCUUGCAACGAUGGUUCGAUACAGAUGUGGGAUCAUCGCAGAAUGUUUGUAAACACUUCCGUACUAAUUCGUAACGCUCAUCAAACUGGUACUGAAACUUCCGGCAUCACUUUUGCCUACGAUGGCCGUAAUGUCGCUACACGUGGCGGUGAUUCUACUUUAAAACUUUGGGACAUACGACAACCAAAAGCUCCAGUCCACUCCGCCGAAAAUCUUUAUUCCAGAUUUAGCAUGACAAAUUGUGCAUUUAGUCCUAAUGACCGGCUGCUACUCACUGGUACCUCCUUUGAAAAAGGCGAAAGCGGCGGCAAAGUUGUGUUUUUAGACAGAAACACUUUCGAACGUGUUCACGAGAUUGAUGUUCCUAAAUCUCACGUUGUUCGUACUUUGUGGCAUCCCAAACUCAACCAGAUAAUAAUUGGAGCAGGUGAUGGUAACAUUCAUUUGUAUUAUGACGUCGCUAAAAGUCACAAUGGAGCUAAGCUUUGUCUUGGUAAACCCAAGAAAAUUAGACAGCAUGACGUGAUGUCAACGGUGCGUGUCAUCACACCUCACGCUCUUCCCAUGUUUCGAGAGGACAAACCUAGGUCAACUCGACGAGCAAUGGAGAAGGCCCGCAAAGAUCCCUUAUUAUCUAAACAGCCUGAUCUUCCGAUCGGAAACAAAGGUUCCGGUGGUCGAGUUGCGACUUCAGGUAGUACCUUGUCGUCGUACAUCGUACGUAAUUUGGGUAUUGCAAGUCGGAUUGAGGACGAAGGCAAUCCAAGGGAAGCCAUUCUUAGGCAUGCAAGUGCCGCAGCCGCAAAUCCAUAUUGGGUCUCGCCUGCUUAUUCUAAGACACAGCCCAAACCCAUCUGGGCACCUGAAAAUACCGACGGCGAUGAAGAACCAGAGGCUAAAAAAGGAAAAUUAAACUAAAGGUUGUCCCAUCGCUUGAAUCCUCCUAGAGCUAUACUGAGACUUUGUCGUCCUCAAUUUUGAUUUUAUUACUGAUCUAAUAAUUUGACGUAACUGACGAUAAAUUGGAGGGACGAGGUCAUAGAUGUGUUGAUUGAUUUUAACGUGGAUGUCGUGAGCAACAUGUAAAUGGAAUAAUUUUCUUUGAAAACUGAUGGUUACAAACUUAUUUAAAUAAGUGUAAUGAUCACUAAACCUUCGAUACAACAAGCUCACCCACCAGAUCAUUUAGCUGGUGGCAGAAAGAAUGGAAAGAGAAAUGUUGAAUUACACGUUGUUUUCCUCGC